UAUACAUCAUGGGAAACCCGCUUGAAUCAUACAUUAUCCGUGCAGCUACUGAGUCUGAUAUGCCUCAAGUGCUCGAGAUAUACAAUGAACGGAUUCUUAAUUCGACUUGUUUGUUCAUGUAUGAUCAAGUUCCUCUUGAAAACCGUUUGACAUGGUUUAAAGAACUCAAAUCAAAAGGAUAUCCUGUCAUUGUGGCUGCAGAAAAGAAGACCAACAAAGCGAUUGCCUAUGCUUGUUAUGGCGGAUUUAGACCUCAUACUGCAUUUAUUUUAACCACUGAAAUAUCGUUGUAUAUUCACCAGGCACAUCAACGCAGAGGAUUGGGUUCUGUAUUAUUAGCAGAAAUGCUUCGUAUUGGUAAAGAGUUAAAGUUCCGCAACUUGAUCGCCGGUAUCACGGCCGAAAACGAAGGCUCUGUUAUUUUGUUCUCCAAGUUUGGAUUUAAAAAAGUCGGCCAUAUUCAUGAUGCUGGGUAUAAGUUUGACCGCUUUUUAGAUAUUGUAUUUUUAGAGUACAUUACUGAUACUCAAGUUCAACCAGACCAGAAGAUACCUGCCUUCAAGGCUUUUCCUUACGAUACAUAUGUCUAUAGACAUGCAUUGGAAUAAAC